AGUCUUCCCAACAAUGAUUUACCUGUCGGUGGCCACACCUGUUCAACAACUAAGGUUACUUUUUCUUCCGAGUUCCUUAUUUACGUCGUCAGAUCAAAAGUCAUAUUCUUACUGCUUACUUUGAACUUCUCUGUUUACUUUUUCUGCGGCGAAAAACCACGGGAAAUCAGAUCAAGCCUGUGGAGAUACACUGGUGCAGAGAUUAUGCAGAUCUAAAUCAUUGAGGACAGCAUACUGAGACAUGAGAGGAUAACUAAUAUAGCAUUCCUUAAGGUUUUCCCUGAAGUUACACCUUAGGCUGCAUGUAAAUAGCCUGAAACAAAUAUAAACACACGGUAUACUUGUUGACACCGUUCUCUCCAUUUAAUGUCUGAGCAACAAAUUGGAAACCCAGAGAGAGGUAGCAAUGAAAGACCUUCGAACUAUGAAGCCAAUGCAGAACCUCAAAUCCCUAGAAAUAGUCAGGAUGGUUCAGAGCUCCAGAGCACCGCUGAAGAAAAGGAAGAAAAGUGCCAGUCAGAAAAUAAGGCCAGAUUCAAGUGGAGAGAAAGCAUGCCAGAGGGAGAGAGAUGGAUGAAAGACGGUGUCGAGAAGAUGGGAGAACACAGUGACGGCAGUCAUGGAUCAGUUCCCGAUAAUCAAGACAUGAACCGUGAUUACCCAGAGGACUGGACCUCAGAAAAGGAAGCACCGUUUUUUUCUCCGCAAGUCAAUAUAGUGUGCCCUUCAUGGAAGCAGGAGCUUCCACAAGAGAAUGAGGAAGAACUUCCGGAGAAGCGUCCCCUGAUGGAGCCACAUACGACCACAAUCUCACCAGUGCAAUACUAUUCUGAGUUGACAGAGGAGGACGACGACUUCACAUACAUAUGUGACAGUGACAAGCUGAAGCUCAGUGUGGGUGUUGCUGUGGCUGCACUGCUCUUCCCUCUGCUGGUGUGGGGAGGCUAUGCUUUCUUGCCUUUCGAUGCCCCAUUGCUCGACAGUGCCCCACUCAGGCUUGUGUACACACUGCGCUGCUCCUUUUUCGCUAUUGUUCCCAUUAUGCUGGGUGUUAUGGUGCAAGGGGUGGCUCGGUUGCGCUAUGGUGCGCUGACCCCCCUGUAUGACGGGAGGGUGGAGAGCAGGGAAGUGUUGGUGCACUGGCACUUCGUCAGCGACUCACUGGCCCUCUUCCUCUUCUACUUUUUGCUGUUGGCUGUCAUGGCCACAUACAUCAGCCAGGACUUUCUAAAGAUAGUCCCUCUGUUGACUAUUGUCUUCACUUUUGGCAGGUUGAUUUACUGGGUCUGUGUGUCUUUGGGCAGCAGUGUGAGAGGUUUGGGAUUUGGUCUUUCCUUCUUCCCUGUGCUGGUCAUGCUGGGAGCCAACCUCUACUUUGUCUGCUCAUCACUCAGAGAAGGGGCCAUCUUUGAUGUGGCCCCGCCCACCACUGCCCCACCUCCCAGGCAGAGAUGGUUUGGGUGAGGAGUGGCGUUAAAAGGAAUGUCCUCAAGAGGAAAAAUGUGGGUGAAGUGUAAAUGAGUCUAUACAGCAUUAGAAAUACUGGGGUUAAGGGGAGAUGUUGCCAAAACACGCCAAACAACUAUGAUAAUGUUUACUUGGUUCCAGAUUGACUGAAGGCCUUUCUGGAUUAUUCAUGUACUUCGGUAUUGUAACAAUAAUUCAACAUGCUAUUUGUAAAGUAAUUGAUAAAAUACAGUGCCAUUGUUUUUAAGAGUGGUGAAGGAAAUUAAUGCUGAAAUGAACUGAUAAACGUGAAUGAAUAAUGUAGAUCACAACUUUUCAGAUCAAACUUUCUUAUGAUAAAUGUACAAUGUAGUGUACAUAGGGAAUACGACAAUACAGAAAUUUCACAUUUAUGUAUUUCAUGUGAUUUUUGUAUCUCUAUAACCAUUGUCAUGCUUGUGGCUACACACAAUUGAAUUACAAUUUCUUACGACUGAAUUUGUUUUAUUUUGUAUGCUGCUAUAUAAAACAGAUUGAUGAAGCCAUAAAUUCAAUAAAGCAAUCAGAGGGUUUUGCUUUUUUAUCAAUUUUAAAUGAUGACAAUAGAAUAUUUCACUCAAUUUGUCUAUUUAAUAUAUAAAAUACGGUAAAACAUACGCCAAAAAAGGAUAAGGUUUCAAGGGACUUGGAUACUUUGGUACAACAAACACUUUUUUGUAAAAGCGGUAUAGAAUUUUAACAUAUCAGUGCAUACUUUGUAUAUGAAAAUAUACACAAAAUGUAUAUCAUUCUCAAAAACAACAAAGUAAGUAUUUCUUACAACAAAAACCCAAAGAAGAUAGCGGAACACAAUAUAUUAGCUAUACUUUAUCUUGUGUAUUUAUGCUACAUUUCUUCUGAGAUAUUUUACUCAUUUGUGAUGCAUGUUGUUUAUUUCUACUGUUUAUUAACAUGAUUCUUUUUAAGUUUCUUAUCCCAUGCUUGUUUAUUUUCAAAUUAAAAAUUUCAGUUUCCAUCAUUUUAUAAAUAUAUUCUGUCUUAAUUUAAAUUGCACCAUCAACUGGGUAUUUUCCUUCAUUGCUUUUGCUAAUACCACAAUGACUGAUCGUGCAAUUUUAGUUGUAUCAUAGAAGGAAACCAGUCUGUAUACAAUAAGGUAGAUUAAAUAAAAAAGGUUGGCUAUUCUACACAAAAUAGCUGAAAAAUAAGA